UCUUCUACCCCCACCUCAUAGCAUUCGCCAGGCCAGCGCCCAAGUCGCGUGCGGGCCGCUUUCCUCCAGCCUGAAUCCAGGCUCGCCCGUUGCUGGCCUCCCGGCCACGCCCAUCUCACGUACGGACGACGAGACUCCCAGCGAUAUGGCCACGCUCUGCGUCCUCCCUAAAUCGCACACCAACUCCUCAUCACUUCACUCAUCACUGCAUGCGCCACCAUCCCACUGCGCAUGGCUACCAACCCUCCGGCAGCCGGAGGAAAGCACCGGAGCUACCGCGGAGUCCGGUACCGCAGCGGCAAGUGGGUGUCGGAGAUCCGGGAGCUCGGCAAGGACAGCCGCAUCUGGCUCGGCACCUAUCCAACCCCCGAGAUGGCGGCGAUGGCCCACGACGUCGCCGCCCUCGCACUCCGAGGCCCCGGCACCGUCCUCAAUUUCCCUGACGCCGUCGGGCGUCACCCUGCCCUGGCAUCCACAUCACGGGCCGAUAUCCGUGCAGCCGCAUCGGCGGCAGCGGCGGCAAUGACCGUCUCGGGGACGCAGAGGCCGGAAACCAGCAGUGCCGCCGAUCGUCGGUGUUGGUUCGACGGCAAGAGUACUGGUUGCGAGGAGGAGCUCGAUGAGGUUAAAUUUUUGGAUGAGGAUGAGAUCUUCGACAUGCCGCAGCUGCUGACGAGCAUGGCGGAGGGGAUGCUGAUGACCCCACCGAGCUGGUUCUGCCCGUCACCGAGCGAGGACACGCCGGAGGCUUCAGGAGUGGAGAGCCUGUGGAGCUAUCCUUAAUUAAACUAAAGGGAGAUCUCCCUUUAUAUAGUUCAGUUAAUACACAGAUAGCGAGAGUGCUGCUUUCUGUUGGAAGUUUAUUGUAUAAUACUUUAUAUUACUUAGUUUGUAUGCAUGGUAAAGUUACACU